AUGGAGAAGUACAGGGCCUGCUGGCGGCAGGCUUCGGACAUGCAGCUCACAGGGCCCCGGAAGGAGGUGCUUGCGUGCCGAAGAACCAAGCCGCCAGCGGUUGAGCGUGGUACCAACCAGCAGGGCGCAGGCGGCGGGGCCAGGAGGUACCAGGUGGAGAGGGGGCCCAUCCGCGGAGGUGGAGUCCAGGGGGAGGGCGCACCUUUGGCGGCCCCGCCGCAAGUUUGCCCCCAGCUGUUGAAUGCGCUGUCGGGCUGGACCCAGACCCGGAUCCCGCAGGGUGAGCCGCGCAGGGGGCCGGGUGGGGGUACGGGGGCGCCCCCGGCCGGGGUUCGGGCCUCCGCGGGGCCGCCGCUGCCUCCUCGGGCGCUGCAGCUGCAGCUGCAGCGGCGGCGCCAGGCGCGGCCCCCGCCCUGCGGGCGUGUGUCUGCGAGCGCGCGUGUGUCCAUGGAGCGUGCGGCCGGCUCGGGGGCGGGAGCGGGCUCGCUGCGGAAAGGCCUGCGGAGGGCGCCCGGCGCGGGCGGGGGACGGACAGACGGACAGACGGACACGGCCCACCGCGGCCCCGGACGCGCGCCGCUCGGCCCCUCCCGGGCGCCCUCCCAGCCCAGGCAGAGGCGCGGCUGCGGGGAGGAGGGGGCGGCGGCGUCUGCGCGCACAGGGCAGAGAAGCGGCGAGGAGGGCGAAGAGCAGAGGAGGCGUCCUGGAGGAGGCGACGCAGAGCCGCGUAGCAGUGGAGGCAGACCUGGGUCUGGCGGGCAGCGGGCGUGUCCGUCCCGGGGUCGCACGGCGUGGGGGGCGCACAGGGUGGGCGCGCGGUGGCGGCGGGGCCGGAGGAGGUGGCGGGCGGGGACUGCUGCGGAACUGGAGCGGUGGGGGCAAGAGCGCUCCGCCGGGGCCGCACCGCCCCCCGCGCCGACCCCGCCGCGCUCUCCACCCCUGCACGGUGGUCCCCCGCCGGCCUCGGUCUGCCCCGCCAGCCUCCGGAACUUGCGCCGGACCGGCCCGGCUCUCCGCCGUACUUGCCUGUGCUUAGAAUUUGCAGCCGCAGCCGCUGACGCUCGCAGCCAAUUUCGCAGCCUCUGGGCUCUGCGCCGUGCAAGGGAUCCGAAAGCCGCCGGCAGGGGCAUAGGGGGCGGCCGGAGCCGGGACCUGGCGAGUUGCUGGCGAGGGGGCGUGUGUGCCAGAAGGAGAGGACUUGGUGAGGAGCUGCUGCCACCCGAGCUGGGCCAGGACCUGAGAUCUCAUUGCUACUGCUGCCGCUGCUGCCUGGGGGACCUUUCUGAGACCCAGGUUGGGGACAGUGCCGGAGGGGCCUCCUCUGCUGCAGACAUCUGGCCGCAGGAGGGAGCUGGCUGGACCGAAGCUGGGCACGCAUGGGCAGGAACCAGGUGCAGAUGGGUCUCUUCCUUCCUGCCCCCGUCUCUCUCACUCCCCACUCAGUGUGCGCUCUCCAGCCGCCUAUGGGAAUCGUCUGAAGUUCUGAGCCUGAAGCCAAGGAGGAAGAGGAGGAGGAGGAGUGAGAGGAGGUCAAUCCCUGAGAACCUGUAUACCUUCUCAGCAAGAGACAAGGAGCCACGCUGUGCGGGGGGGCAGGCUGUGGGGCCCCCACCCUUAACCCCAGCCAGGCCUAGUGCCUGCCGUAGCACCCCAGAAGGCCCCCAGCAGUUGGCACUAGCUGUACCCACCUUGCUUGGGGCCCCCGUGCUGGGGGUCGCCCCCAAGAUGGUGGCGGCCCCAGGAAGGACUGUACUGCCAGCUCCAGCCUCUGGCCGCUAG